AUGCAAGAAAACAUGUACACACCUGUCGACGAGGUGCAGAAAAUCCAUGAGAGACUUCGUGCCGGAUUUCAGUCCGGCAGAAGUAGAUCAGUGGAGUACCGCAAAAGGCAACUCCUGCAGCUGGCACGACUCCUUGAGGAGAAUGCCAAGGAGUUCCACCAGACCUUGCGUAUGGAUCUUGGACGGCACGAAGAUGAAUCCGAAUUUCUAGAGAUCAAUCUCUCACUGGCCGAAGUGAAAGAAGCUAUCGACAACGUUGGUAAAUGGGCCGCCACCGAGAAGGCCCGCAUGACAAUGCUUUGGUUUGCCAUGGCUCCAGCAGUCAAGAAAGAGCCGAAGGGCGUGGUUCUAAUCAUUAGUCCAUUCAAUUUCCCCCUUCUUUUGUCAUUAGGGCCCCUUUCCGGUGCCAUUGCAUCUGGCUGUGCAGUAAUGCUUAAGCCGUCGGAGCUCAUCACUCAUACCAAUUUACUCUUGGCCAAGCUGUGGCCGAAGUAUCUAGACACCGACCUGUAUCAAAUCGUACUGGGAGACGUGCCUGUCUCGAAGAAGGUGGAACUCUCCGUCUACAGUUCAUUCUAUACUUACACCUGCGCAGGCAGCGAGCGUGUUGGAAGACUCAUCGCUAUGGCAGCAGCAGAGAACCUGACUCCCGUUACCCUCGAGGUAUGCAAAUGUCCCGUUAUUAUAGAUCCCAAGUGUGACGUGAAGCAUGUGGCGAAGAAGCUCAUGUGGGGGAAACUCGUCAACACGGGCCAAAUUUGUGUCUCUCCAGACUAUGCUCUGGUUCCGAAGGAUUUCCAGGACACGUUCGUCAACGCUCUGCAAGACGCGUAUGCAGAAAUGCAUCCCAAGGACCCACGUGAGACGGCGGCUGUGGGGAAAAUAGUCUCAGAGCAGCAUACUCUGCGACUGAAGAGACUGAUCGACGAGACCGAUGGUACAGUUGUCCUUGGCGGUGAUGCAGACGUCCCGUCCAGAUACAUCGCUCCAACAAUUAUCAAGGAUGUCAAGGCGGGCGAUGUUACCAUGAAAGAAGAGAUCUUCGGACCUAUCCUUCCUAUCGUCCCAGUUGAUGAUAUUGAUGCUGCGAUCGCCUUCCCCCCAUUGUCGAUUUAUGUCUUCUCAAAUGAUAAGGCUCUCAAGGCGAAAGUCUUCGACAACACGCAAAGCGGUACCGUUUCGUACAAUGAGCUCGUCAUCCACUAUGCAGUGACUGGAAUCCCUUUCGGCGGUAUCGGGGCCAGUGGUUCCGGAUACACAACCGGCAAGUAUACCUUCGACAUAUUCACACAUCUCCGGAGCAGCCUUGAGACUCCAAAGUGGUAUGUCUCUCAUUAUAAUAUAAAGCCGGAGUUUAACUAA